AUGAAGACAGGGCUCUCUCUGGCUGUGGCUGCCUUGUUUGCAGCUCUGAUAUGUUCCAUUGAUGCACAAGUGGAUCCUCCCUCGGACUUGAGUUUUAAAAUUCUAAAUGAGAACACGGUGGAAAUGUCGUGGGUAAGGCCCUCGACAAGGAUAGAUGGCUUCAGAGUUCAAAUUUCUUCAAACGCAGAUGAACCGACAAGAGACUUUGCCCUAAAUGCUUAUACUACGACCACGUCAAUCACUAACCUGACGCCUGAUUUGGAUUACACAGUGUCCAUUAACUCCUAUUAUGGACCUGACGAGAGUAUUCCCAUCUUUGGUCAACUCACAAUCCAGUCCAGUAACUCCAGUGGACGUGUCAGGAGGCCGCCGUCAGAUGCAAUCAAGUGCUCGGUCAGUGCAAUUGCAGAUUUGGUUUUUCUGGUGGAUGGCUCAUGGAGCGUAGGCAGGGAGAACUUUAAGCACAUCCGCAGUUUUAUUGCGGGCCUGGCUGGGGCUUUUGACAUUGGCGAGGACAAGACUCGAGUGGCUGUGGUUCAGUACAGUACAGAUACUCGCACAGAGUUCCCUCUCACACGUUACACCAGGAGAGGAGACCUGCUCCAAGCCAUCAACUCACUGCCAUACAAGGGAGGAAAUACCAUGACAGGUGAUGCCAUUGAGUAUUUAGUGCAAAACAUCUUUACGGAGCAAGCUGGAGCCCGGAAAAUUUUCCCAAAGAUAGCCAUGAUCAUCACUGACGGAAAAUCCCAGGAUCCAGUGGAAGAGCAUGCUAGAAGACUUAGGAACAUUGGAGUGGAAAUAUUUGUCCUAGGUAUCAAAGGCGCAGAUGAUGACGAGCUCAAAGAAAUGGCUUCCACUCCAUAUGACAAACAUGUGUACAAUGUAGCCAAUUUUGAUUUGAUCCAAGAUGUCCAGAAAAAGAUCAUCACAGAAGUGUGCUCUGGCGUUGAUGAGCAACUCAGCGUUCUAGUCAGUGGUGAAGAAAUGGUGGAGCCGGCAACCAAUUUGGAGGUGACUGAUAUUGCAUCCAAAUCAAUGAGAAUCACAUGGGAUCCCUCACCGGGAGAUAUCUCAAGAUAUAAGCUUGUGCUUGUUCCCAUGGUGCCGGACGUAAAACGGGAAGAAUUGUACAUUGGCGCUAAACAGACAUCCAUCAUUGUUCGUGACCUCUCUCCUGAGACUGAAUACGAGAUCAGCCUAUAUGCCCUCAAAGGUCUGACACCUAGUGAACCAAUUAUGGCUAUGGAGAGGACACAGCCAGUCAAAGUGACAACAGAAUGCUCUCUGGGAGUGGAUGUGCAGGCUGAUGUGGUUCUACUUGUGGAUGGCUCGUACAGUAUUGGAUUACAAAACUUUGCCAAGGUCCGUGCCUUCUUGGAGGUACUGGUCAAUUCCUUUGACAUUGACCCUAAUAAGGUCCAGAUUAGCUUGGUCCAGUACAGUCGAGAUCCACACACUGAGUUUGCUCUCAACACCCAUCAUGACAUUAAUGCUGUUGUCAAAGCUGUGCGCACUUUCCCUUACCGUGGAGGCUCCACCAAUACUGGCAAGGCCAUGGCCUACGUCAAGGACAAGAUCUUUAUUUCUUCUCGUGGUGCAAGAGACAAUGUCCCCCGUGUCAUGGUGCUGAUCACCGAUGGAAAGUCGUCAGACUCUUUCAAGGACGCAGCAACAAAGUUGAGAGAUAGUGAUGUUGAGAUCUUUGCUGUUGGUGUGAAAGAUGCAGUGCGGUCAGAGCUGGAGGCCAUCGCCAAUCAGCCAUCAGACACUCAUGUCUAUGAGGUUGAGGACUUUGACGCCUUCCAAAGGAUUUCUAAAGAGCUUACCCAAUCCAUCUGUUUGAGGAUUGAACAGGAGUUGCUCAAGAUUAAAAAGAAGAGUCUGCUUCCACCCGAAAACUUGCAAUUCUCUGAAAUUACCUCCCGAAGUUUCCGCACUACCUGGAUUGCACCUGUUUCUGAAGUCUUGUCAUACCUGGUGCGAUUCCGUAAAGCAGAAGAUGUUACAGGGGACUAUAUUACUCUGGCUAUUCCCAGUGAUACCACAACAGCUGUUCUGCCACAUCUUUUCCCCCUCACUACAUAUGAAGUCAACGUCUUUGCUCAGUAUGACAAAGGAGACAGUUUUCCUUUGACUGGUGAAGAAACUACCCUUGAAGAGAUGGGGAGAGUACGGAACCUAAAAGUUACAGAGGAGAGUACCAAUAGUUUCAGGGUAUCCUGGAAAGCUGCUCCAGGAUCAGUUCUUAGAUAUCGCUUGACCUACGUCCCACUGAACGGUGCUGGGGAAACAUUGGAGGCACAGACUAUAGGAGAUGAGACUACUAUUGUACUACAGGAGCUUUUCCCUAUCACCACCUACCGUGUUUCUGUAUCUGCUGAGUACAUCACAGGCAUGGGGAAUGACAUGCAAGUUGAUGGUACAACCAAAGAAUUAACUGGUUCUCCACGUGACCUCCGUGUGUAUGAUGAAACCAUUAAUACCAUGAGACUAGCAUGGGAGGCUGCUCCAGGAAAUGUCCUCCAAUACAUCAUUGCUUAUAAACCUAGCGAGGCAGGUGAAAGGAGAGAAGUAACCAUCAGGGGAGAUACCACGCAGGCGUUGCUACAGAACCUUCAACCAGAUACUGAAUAUGAGUUGUUUGUCAGCGCGCGCUAUUCCUCUGGACUGGGUGAACCUCUUCUGGGUAUCGGAACAACAUUAGAAGCACUUGGUUCACCCAGAGAUCUGGUGACCAAAGACCCCACAGACACCACCUUUGUAGUGUCUUGGGUUGCGGCCCCUGGUAAAGUUCGUCAGUACCGGAUCACCUGGCAGUCUAUGUUCACCGCAGAGUCUGGAGAAAAGACAAUUCCAGGACAGUUCACAUCUACAAUUCUGGAGGGUCUUACCCCAGAGACACGUUAUCAGGUGUCUGUGUAUGCCAUUUAUGGUCGUGGAGAAGGUCAGCCUUUGACUGGAGAGGAAACCACUGAUAUCUCGGCUGCUGGCAGAGUGAUCACUGUCUCCGAGGAGACGGAGAAGACCAUGAAGGUGACAUGGCAGCCCGCACCUGGGAAUGUGGUCAAUUACCGUGUUACUUAUAAACCGCAAUCAGGAGGCCGCCAGCUGGCAGCCAAAGUGUCCGGUUCCAAUACCACUACCGUGUUGAGACGCCUUACUCCUCUCACCACCUAUGACAUAAUUGUUGUGCCAGUUUACCGCUCUGGAGAGGGGCGAGCAAGACAAGGCGUGGGAACAACAUUGACCCCCUAUAAAGCUCCCAGGAAUCUCCAGACUUCCGAGCCGACAAAGACAAGUUUUCGUGUAACAUGGGAUCCCGCGCCUGGUGAGGUGAAGGGUUACAAAGUCACUUUCCACCCCGCAGAAGAUGAAAUUGACCUAGGCGAGCUUGUUGUUGGGCCCUAUGACAACACUGUGGUACUGGAGGAGUUAAGAGCUAAUACCAAAUACACAGUGAAUGUGUUUGGAGUGUUUGAGGGAGGCGAAAGUAUGCCAUUGGCCGGACAGGAGACAACCACACUCACAAGUGGACCUGAGCCACCUCCUGUUGAAUUACCAGAUGUGAUGUGUAAGACCAGUGCACAGGCUGACAUUGUGCUACUUGUCGAUGGCUCCUGGAGUAUUGGACGUCUCAACUUUAAGACAAUUCGUUCUUUCAUCGCUCGCAUGGUUGGAGUCUUUGACAUCGGCCCCAAAAGAGUCCAAAUUGGCCUUGCUCAGUACAGUGGAGACCCAAAGACUGAAUGGCAUUUGGAUGCUCACCCAACCAGAGAAAGCCUUUUGGAAGCAAUCUCUAACCUUCCCUACAAGGGCGGAAACACCUUGACUGGUCUGGCCUUGAACUACUUGCUCCAGAACAAUUUCAAAGAAAAUGUUGGCAUGCGACCCAACGCUCGCAAAAUUGGUGUGUUGAUUACUGACGGCAAGUCCCAGGAUGAUGUAAUCGUCAACUCUCAGAGACUGCGGGAAGAGGGCAUCGAGCUCUAUGCCAUCGGUGUAAAGAACGCUGAUGAGAAUGAGCUGAGGUCCAUUGCUACGGAUCCGGAUGACAUUCAUAUGUACAAUGUGGCUGACUUCUCCUUCCUGCUGGACAUUGUGGACAGACUAACAGACAACCUGUGUAACAGUGUAAAAGGAGCAGGAGGUGCUCCCGAUGCGCCGACUAAUCUGGUAACAUCUGAGGUGACUCACAGUUCUUUCCGAGCCACAUGGACUGCCCCUGAGGACCCAGUGGAAAAAUUCCGUGUGGAAUAUGUGUCUGAAUCAGGAGUCCCACUACAGGUUCUUGUGGAUGGCACUCAGAACACAGUGGUCCUCCAACAGCUUAGUCCUCUCACUGAGUACCUGGUUAACGUCUACUCUGUGGUGGGAGAAGAAAUGAGCGAGCCACUGAAAGGCGUCGAGACCACAUUGCCCCUACCUAGUGUGAGACGGAUGGACAUCUAUGAUGAGCAGAUGACAACUAUGAGAGUGAGAUGGGAGGCGGUACCAGGCGCUACCGGCUACAUGUUGCUGUACUCCUCCAUUAAUGCCACAGAACCUUUCAUCGGACCAGAGAUCACAGUGGGCAGCGAUACAACUGAUGUCCAGCUGGUGAAAUUAUCCCCCAACACAGCCUACACAGUUUCCCUUUUGGCCCUGCAUGGGGAGUCACCCAGUCAGCCACUGGUACAACAGGGAGUCACUUUGCCCCUGCCACCUGUGGGUGAACUAAGGGUCCAGGACAUCACUCAUAGCACCAUGAGGCUCAUUUGGGAUGCUGCUCCUGGUCCUGUCCGCAAGUACCUCAUCACCUAUAAGCCUGAGGGUGGAGACGCAAAGGAGCUGGAAGUUGGAGGAGAACGGACCACUACAGUACUAGACAACCUGAUGUCACAGACUGAGUAUUCACUGGCUGUUACUCCAAUCUACGAUGAGGGUCCUGGCCAGACCAUGUUGGGUGAAGGAGUCACUGAUGUGGUUCCUGCCCCAAAGAAUCUUCGGUUCUCUGAGGUUACCCAGACCAGCUUCAGAGCCACCUGGGAGCACGGAGCUCCGGAUGUGGCUCUCUACCGCAUCGGUUGGACCAAGAGAGGAGAAAACAACUUUCAAUAUGCCAUUCUGAACAAUGAUGAGACCACCCACGUCCUGGAGAAUCUGGAGCCAGACACUCCCUAUGAUGUGUCAGUCACUGCCAUCUAUCCAGAUGAGUCUGAGAGCGAGGACCUUCUCGGCACUGAGAGGACAUUGCCCAGGAGAAGUGUUCCGUCACCUCUUGCUCCACCUACCAACCUGGUUGUGUACAACGAAACAAUCACAACCUUGAAUGCCAGGUGGGAUCCGGCUCCUGGUCGUGUCCAGAACUACAGAAUUACCUAUGUUCCCACUUCAGGAGGCAGGACUCAAACAGCCCAAGUUGGAGGGAAGAAGACCUCUCUCCUCAUGCCCAAGCUGACACCUGACACAGAAUAUUCCAUCAGUGUGGUGGCAGUUUAUCCCCGUGGAGUCAGCAAAGAGUUGGUUGGACUUGGCAGGACCAAGCCUUUGGGUGGUGUCAGAAACCUGCGGGUCACAGACCCCACUACCAGCACCCUUAAUGUCCAGUGGGAGCCUGCUGAGGGCAAUGUGCGACAGUAUAGAAUCUUCUAUGAACCUGCAGCUGGUGGCCGGGAAGACAUGGUCCAAGUUCCAGGCAACACGUACAACACAGUGCUGAAGGACCUUCAGUCUGAUACGGUCUACACUGUGACUGUGGUUCCCGUUUACUCAGUUGGAGAGGGAGUGCGCAUGUCGGAAAAUGGCAAAACACUGUCUGGCAGUGGUGGUUCGUUGGAGCGUCGACCUGUCAGGAACAUCCAGGUAUUCAACCCCACUACCAACAGCCUGAACGUACGCUGGGAACAUGCCACGGGCCCAGUUCUACAGUACAGGGUGAUCUACACUCCUGUAACUGGUGCCAAGCCUGCUGAAUCGAUUUUGGUACCAGGGACUACCACUACGGCCUUCCUGCCAGAUCUGAUCCCAGACACUGAUUACAACGUUGCAGUAGUUGCCCUAUACAGUGAUGGUGAAGGACCCACUAUCGCUGACAAUGGCAAAACACGUCCACUAAGCGGUCCCAGGAACAUGCUAGUGUACGACCCCACUACCUCCACUCUUACCGUGAGUUGGGAACAUGCAGAAGGUCCAGUCACGGAAUACCGCAUUACCUAUGCCCCAACCACUGGAGACCCCAUCGAAGAAUAUACUACAGUCCAAGGGAACAGGAAUAAUGUGGUUCUGCAAAACCUUGAUCCAGACACUCCUUAUAACAUCAAAGUAACAGCAAUUUAUGCAGAAGGACCAGGAGGAGAACUGGAAGGAGAUGGUCGCACAGUGGCUAUGCUUGGCCCCAGGAACCUUCGAGUUUCUGAUGAAUGGUACACCCGCUUCAAGGUCUCCUGGGACCCCGCUCCAUCAAAGGUCACUGGAUAUAAACUUAUCUACCAACCAGAAGGCUCUGAUGAGUCCGAAGAGGUGUUCGUUGGCGACGUCACUUCCCACCAACUGAAUAACCUGACCCCUGGAACCACCUACGACCUGAAGGUUUUGGCACAAUACAGCACAGGUGUCAGUGGACCUUUGAUUGGCCAGGGCACCACAUUGUACCUGAAUGUGACAGACUUGACAACAUAUAAUGUGGGCUACGACACCUUCUGCAUCCGUUGGGCCCAGCACAGAGCCGCGACAUCCUACAGGCUUAAAGUCGAACCUGUUGACCCCUCUCAGCGUGGAGCUCAGGAGAUCACGGUGAAAAGCAGUGCGAGUGAUUACUGCUUUGACGGCUUGACACCUGACACCCUCUACACUGCCACUGUGUACACCCAAACCCCUAGCAUGGAGGGACCUGGAGUCAGUGUCAGGGAACGAACAUUAAUUAAACCUACUCAAGCACCAACUGAGCCACCCACCCCUCCUGAACCAGUAACCGUUCCAUCAGCAAUUGAUGUCUGCAGAGGUGCCAAGGCCGAUCUGGUCUUCCUCAUUGAUGGCUCUUGGAGUAUCGGAGAUGAGAGUUUUCACAAGGUCAUCCAGUUUGUUACAAGCAUGACUGGUGCCUUUGACAACAUAAGCCCAAGUGGCAUGCAGGUUGCAUUCGUGCAGUACAGUGAUGAUGCUAAUACUGAGUUCAAACUCAACACAUACCAUGACAAGGGUGUCGUUUUAGGAGCUUUGCAGAAUGUCCGCUACAGAGGAGGAAACACUAAGACAGGCAUUGCGCUGAAACACGUUUAUGAUAAGGUGUUCACCUCUGACAGUGGAAUGAGGAGGAAUGUUCCUAAAGUUCUAGUAGUAGUCACAGAUGGACGUUCACAGGAUGAUGUCAAGAAGAGCGCUCUACAACUGCAGCAAGCUGGUUACAGUGUAUUUGUGGUUGGUGUUGCUGAUGUGGACAUGGUAGAGUUGAGAAACAUUGGCAGCAAGCCCAGUGAGAGACACGUGUUUGUGGUAGAUGACUACGAUGCCUUCGCCAAGAUCCAGGACAACCUCAUCACAUUCAUUUGUGAAACAGCUACCUCCACUUGCCCUCUGAUCUACUUGAAUGGAUACACCACACCCGGAUUCAGGAUGCUCGAGGCUUUUAACAUCACUGACAGGACAUUCGCUGGUAUGAAUGGUGUGUCCAUGGAGCCGGGUUCAUUCAACAGUUACAUUGGAUACAGGCUGCAUAAGGAUGCUUUCUUAAACCAACCCACCAAGGAAAUUCAUCCAGAUGGCCUUCCCCCAUCUUACACCAUCGUCCUCCUCUUCCGACUCCUACCCGACACGCCUUCGGAUCCUUUUGAUAUCUGGCAGAUUGCUGACAAAAACAACAAUCCAGAGGUCGGGCUCACCAUCAACCCUUCAAGCAAAACAAUCACAUUCUACAACAAGGACACCCGAGGAGAGAUCCAGAGAGCCACAUUUAAUGAGGAGCAAGUCAAACGCGUUUUCCAUGGCAGUUUCCACAAGCUGCACAUCACCAUCUCUCCAGACAAAGUCAAACUCAACUUGGAUUGCCAAGAGGUGGCGGAGAAGCCCAUCAAGGCGGCCAGCAACAUCACACUGGAGGGCUACGAAGUGCUUGGAAAGAUGGCCCGGUCUGGGAGGAGGCAGUCUGCAACAUUCCAGCUCCAGAUGUUCGAUAUUAUCUGCAGCUUGAGCUGGAUCAACAGAGACAAAUGCUGCGACCUGCCUGCCACACGAGAUGAGGCAAAGUGCCCAGCCCUCCCCCACUCCUGCACAUGCACACAGGAUAGCAUUGGCCCCCAGGGGCCACCUGGUCCUUCGGGCGGCCCAGGAUCUAAGGGACCAAGAGGAGAUAGAGGCGAUCCGGGCAAACCAGGUCCUGUCGGUCCUCGUGGAGAACCAGGACUUGUUGGCCCAAUGGGACCACCAGGUCCUCAAGGACCUAAUGGACUGUCUCUACCUGGAUCACCUGGUCAGCCCGGACCUAAGGGAGAUCGUGGAGAUUCUGGCCUAGCUGGUUUGCAAGGUCCUCCUGGACCGCGUGGUCCUCUGGGUGCUGUUGGACCAAGCGGAGCGCGGGGGCAACCAGGAAAGGAUGGGCCAUCUGGACCUAGAGGGCCGCCAGGGCCAAUGGGAAGUCCUGGCACUCCAGGUGUACCGGGAGUUACAGGAAAACCAGGAAAACCAGGGGAUCCAGGACACCCAGGACCUGUUGGCAUUAAAGGAGAAAAGGGCGAACGGGGAGACUUUGCAUCCCAAAACAUGAUGCGUUCCAUUGCCAGACAAGUUUGCGAACAGCUUGUGAACAGUCAGAUGAGCAGAAUUGACCAGAUGCUCAACCAGAUUCCUUCCGGCUACCGUAGCAACAAUCCAGGGCCACCGGGUCCACCUGGCCCAGCCGGCAAUACGGGAGCCCGUGGAGAGCCUGGACAAAGCGGACGACCCGGCUUCCCAGGAAGUCCCGGUUUACCUGGGAGUCAAGGAGAACGAGGUGUGCCAGGUGAGAAGGGAGAGAGAGGAUCUCCAGGAAAUGGUGUCAGAGGACAAAGAGGUGCAACUGGACCACCAGGACCACAAGGAGAGUCAAGGACGGGACCCCCAGGUCCAACUGGCUCUUCCGGGCCUCGUGGCCCUCCAGGUCGUAAUGGUAAUCCCGGGGUGAGGGGACCACCAGGACCCCAAGGAUACUGUGACUCCUCUCAGUGUGUUGGCAUCCCUUACAACGGACAAGGAUAUCCAGCCAACAACUACCGACCAGAACCAGAGGUAGCAUCUUUACCCGUGGAGCCCGCUGCCGCAAUUGAGACAGUACAAUCAUCAAGUCGCACGCGAAACCAGCGAAGAAAGCGAUCGCUAUCAAAAGGUGAUACAGAGACACUAGCAUCAUAG